AUGUACCUUUCAAUAGACCCCGCCGACCACGUGUCUCUCCAUAUGUACGACACAGCUCUGACCAGUCCACAGAUUAGAGCGAGGUGCCCUAACGGGAUUCCCGAUGAUCUAUCUAUCAUUAAAUCUUACCAAUUCAAUGGCACAUUUCUAGAACCUAGUAAUGGGAACUACCGUGAGAGAAAUUCCAAUCCAACAUUUUGA